AUGCUAUUUCUUCAUCCCUACAUGAAAGAUAAAGAAAGAAUAUCUUCCGUUGUAAGUUUAGAAGACACAAUAGAUGAUACUGAAGAGAUAUUGGAAUCGAACGAGCAAACACCUAAUGUUGCAUUUAAAAAAAUAGACUCCCCAACCACAAAUGAAAACCAUAGAGCCUGGAAAUCUCAUCAGGGCACGAAAAGAAAAACAUACCAAGCAGAGACGGCUAGUAGUACUCUAAUGAAGCAUUUAAUAAAUGAAGAAAAAAAACAAAAAGAAGUAGAUGAGAUUGAUCUUUUUUUUGAUACAAUGAAAAGGACAGUUAAGAAAUUUUGUGUUGCAGAUAAGUUGUUAGUGAAACGUAAAGUCUUUAACAUUGUAAGUGAUAUAGAAGGAAAGUAUGUUGGUGAAGAACAGCCUCAGAGUCAGCAAUGGUACGGACAAAAAACUCAAUACAGACACCAUAGUUUAACAUCAUUUCCACAGACCGCUGAAGAACACGUUUUCAAUUUAACACCAAACACUCAACAGCAAUUUGUUUCCUCACAUACGACUGGGCCCCAGAUCAAUCCUUAUUACGAAGAAACAAGCAACCAAUCUACUUCCUACAGUCGACCUUCUUCUGCUGACAGUGUUCAUUCUUACAUUAGUAACUAUAAUCCAGAUGUAUAG